UGACUUGGCUGCAGCUGUUGUUCUUGUCAAAAUGUCCGCGCCCAUGGAAGUUUACUGUCAAAUUUUACAAUGAAAUUUACGCUAAGAAUACGGACUGAACAAGAGCAGGAAAUAGACUGGAGUGUCAAUCCAGCGGAAGUUACAUUCCUCAACGUCCUUGAGGUUAUUUCAAAGAUUAUUCCAGAUGUGACAACAACAGCAUUCCAAUAUGUUGAUGAAGAUGGAGAGAAAAUUACAGUGAGAAGUGAUGAGGAACUUAGAGCCAUGUUUCAAAUGUAUGAGUGUGAAUUUUCUGAAGAGGACUUGGAAAAGGGUACAACUCCACCAAUAGUAAUAUAUCCAAGAGUUGCAAAGACUCCAAAAGACAGAAAUAAAUAUGAUCUGAAGAUCAAAACAGAAGUUGGCAAACCAAAAACAAAUGAUGUUCAAAUGUCUCCUUUCUUCAAAGAUCAAGAAUCAAACAUGACUGUACCCCAGUCAACCCGCCAGAGUCCCCAGCAGUACGGACAGAUGAUGAGAUCACCUGUCCACACCUCACCUGGGAACCAACAUAUAAUGCCUGCUUCCCCUUUCCAUGCUAGUCCACAACAAUAUCCAAUUGGAGGCCGGCAACCGUCCCCUAUGCAAAUAUAUGGAGCCGCUUCCCUUCAUCAGAGUCCCCAACAGAUCAAUAGAACUCAAGCAAAGGCUUUUGAGAACAAUCAAAUGAAUACAGCUCAGUUACUCCUUUCUGAUCAAAUGCAAAUUGAUGAUGAGCACAUAAACACAAAACUUGGUUUUCAAGGACAGUCAAAGAGUGACAGUUUGAAGCAGAUAUUAACUUGUGGCACAAUAAAUGUGCAUGAUCUACAGCAGGUUGAAUUGAUUGGCCACGGCAAUGGAGGAGAAGUCUACAAAGCUCUUUAUGUACCAAGCAGAACUCUAAUGGCUGUUAAAGUUAUACAAUUGGAUGUGGAUAUUGAAGUUCAGAAAACUAUACUUGCAGAGCUGGAUAUAUUGUGCAAGUGCAAUUCCGAGGCAAUUAUUGGAUUUUAUGGGGCCUAUUUCAUUGAGAACAGAAUAUCUAUAUGUACAGAAUACAUGGAUGGUGGGUCACUAGACCAGUACGGGAGAAUUCCUGAAGAGAUACUGUGUCGGAUGGCAGUGCGUAUAGUUCAAGGUCUCCUCUACAUGUGGAGUCUGAAAAUACUGCAUAGAGACAUCAAGCCAUCCAACAUUCUGGUCAACACUAGGGGAGAUGUGAAGCUCUGUGAUUUCGGAGUUAGUACACAGUUAGUUAAGUCAAUAGCCAUGACUUUCGUUGGAACAAAUGUCUACAUGUCACCUGAGAGAAUCAAAGCUGAAAACUAUGGGGCCCCAUCUGAAAUUUGGAGUCUUGGAGUGACACUGUUUGAGUUAGCUACUGGAAAGUUUCCAUUCAAAGAGAUUUUAAUGGCAGAAAAUCCUGGCACUGUGAUGAAUGUUAUCAUAGAAGGGAACACACCAGUCUUACCACAAGAUGUCUUCUCUCCGGAGCUCAGUGACUUUGUUGCUAGAUGUAUGCAAAAAGAUGCAAUCAGACGCAUAACACAUCAGGAUGUGCUGUCCCACCCACUGAUCAAGAAGUAUGGCUGCGAUGCCAAUAUAUGCAAGGUCCUGUCAGCCUGGAUCACCAGUCAACUGCAGCUUAGAAAGUCUCGUGCCAAGGACGUGUCCUAAUGUGGACAGACCAAAGGAAGUGCAGCUUAGAAAGUCUCGUGCCAAGGAUGUGUCCUAAUGUGGACAGACCAUAGGAAGGAGCCCUGCUCUGGGAAAACGGGACUUAACCCUUUGCAUGCUGGGAAAUUUGUCGUCUGCUAAAAUGUCGUCUGCUGAAUUUCUAAAAUUAGCAUUUUCUUCGAUUUUUUUCAAAGAAUAUUAUCAGAAUAGCAAACAGUUUGGAUCCUGAUGAGAGGCCACGUUCUGUGGCAUCUCAUCUGGAUCCAAACUGUUUGCAAAGGCCUUCAAAAUUCGGUUCCUGCACUGAAAGGGUUAAUGCAUGUGCAUAAGUGUCCACAAAGGCUUAUCAGGGGCAACUCUUCGGCUAAACUGUAUUUUUUCUAAGGAGGGACUUCCUUUGAAUAAAAAAUAUAAUAACGCAGAAAGUGUCGUCCCUGAUAAGCCUGUGUGGACUGCGCUUGCUAAUCUGUGACGACACUUUAAGCCACAUUUUCCUAGAGCUUAGCUCAAACGUUUGUUACCGUCUGACAAAAUUCUGCUUUAUUGUAUGAACUCACGAUAUGAAGACUUUCGAAUCUUGUUCAAAAACAAAUGUUUAAUGUGUUUACUGUGUGAACAAAUGAAAGAAAGCCAGUGAGAUAUUGUUUGAAAUAAAUUAUGGGUGUAGGAACGGAUUGUAUUAAACCUGUCAUUUAUUUUAUGACCAAGAAGAUGGUGAGAUUAUAACCUAUUUGACACAAAAUACAAUUCCUGUCCAUUUUCCAAUAAAUUACGUUUAUAUCAUUGUUGUUCCACUUAAACAGCCUUCCCAAGUCAAAACAGUUGUAUUCAUUUUUGAAAUGUAUUAGAAGAUAUGUAGUAUAAAUAAUUUAAUAAAAUACAAAAUCAUUUCAGACAAUUUCUUUAGUUUGGCAGUGGCUGCAGCUAAGCACUUCUUUUAAGACACGCAGGCUAUAAUGCUAGUAUGGCAUUUUAUGAACAUCGGAUGCGUUGAUGUGCUGUAGUGCACGCAUAUUUUGACUUUGAGCUAGGAACACUGGUCUUAACAGUACACACAACAUUGUUGUCUCAUAACGGAACAGUCUUGAUCACAUAGUUACCCUUCACCACUUAUAUACGUAUUUUUACGCAUGUGCAAUCCCUAAAAAAGUUAAAUUUAAUUAAAACCUUUUUACUAGAUUCAAGUUUUCAAGGCUUCUUUUCCAACCAUUAGAUACUGAUUAGCAGCAAACAGCAUAAAACCUGAACAGACUGCGAGUAACUUGCAGGCUGUUCUGGUUUUAUGCUGUUUGCACCUAGCCAUUUUCACUUUGCUUCUCAAAGGGGCAUUGUUAAAUGAUGUCAUAAAAGUGAUAUUGAAUUGUUGGCCGUUAUUAUCAAGGUGUAAAAACAGUUACCAUUUGGUGUUCAUUAGACUAUUAAUAGGUGAAAUAAAAUGCUGCUUAUUUAUUCAUUAUUUUUAUAAUCUCUUCAAGUUUCUUUUUUUUACUGUGUAUUUGAUCAUUAUGAUUAUGCUAACCUUCAUACUAGUUUUUAUUCUAAUGCAUGAUUCUAAUACCUGUGAUUUCGCUUUGUUGGACUUGAACAAAUAAUGCUUCGACUGUUUGUGGAUAUUUUGAAUAUGUUACUUAUAUAUAAUUUGUUUCAAAUGCAUGAUAUAAUAAUAAAUUGAAAACAACAA